AUCUCCAAGUAGUCCGAAACGGAGUGAUUCAGCAAAGCUGCCUCCUUUGUGACACUGACAGAUGGGGUCCGUCGAGCAGAAGCCGGCGGCGGCGGCGGAGGUGAUCUUCCGGUCGAAGCUGCCGGACAUCGCCAUCACCAACACCCUGCCGCUCCACCGCUACUGCUUCGAGCGGCUCCCGGAGGUAGCCGGCCGCCCCUGCCUCAUCGACGGCGCCACGGGCGACGUGCUCACCUACGCCGACGUCGACCGCCUAUCCAGGCGCCUCGCGGCGGCGUUCCGCCGAGCGCCGCUGGGGCUGGGGCGCGGGGCCGUCGUGAUGAACCUGCUGCGGAACUCGCCGGAGUUCGUGCUGUCGUUCUUCGCGGCGUCCCGCGUCGGCGCCGCGGUGACCACGGCGAACCCGAUGUCCACCCCGCACGAGAUCGAGAGCCAGCUCUCCGCCGCGGGGGCCACCGUCGUCAUCACCGAGUCGAUGGCGGCCGACAAGCUCCCGCCCCACGGCGUCGGCGGCGGCGCGCCGCCCCUCACCGUCGUCCUCAUCGACGAGCGCCGCGACGGCUGCCUCCACUUCUGGGACGACCUCAUGUCAGGAGACGAGGCGGCCGCCAACGACGCCGGCGGCGACGACGACGAGGGGUUCGACCCGGACGACGUGGUGGCGCUGCCGUACUCCUCGGGGACGACGGGGCUCCCGAAGGGCGUGAUGCUGACGCACCGGAGCCUGAGCACGAGCGUGGCGCAGCAGGUCGACGGCGACAACCCCAACAUCGGCCUCCACGCCGGCGACGUGAUCCUGUGCGCGCUGCCCAUGUUCCACAUCUACUCGCUCAACACCAUAAUGAUGUGCGGCCUCCGCGUGGGCGCCGCCAUCGUCGUCAUGCGCCGCUUCGACCUCGCCGCUAUGAUGGACCUCGUCGAGCGCCACCGCGUCACCAUCGCGCCGCUCGUCCCGCCCAUCGUCGUCUCCGUCGCCAAGAGCGAGGCGGCGGCGUCGCGCGACCUCUCGUCGGUGCGGAUGGUGCUCUCCGGCGCCGCGCCCAUGGGCAAGGACAUCGAGGACGCCUUCAUGGCCAAGCUCCCCGGCGCCGUGCUCGGACAGGGCUAUGGGAUGACCGAGGCCGGGCCGGUGUUGUCAAUGUGCCUGGCGUUCGCCAAGGAGCCCCUGCCAGUGAAGUCCGGCGCAUGCGGGACGGUGGUGCGCAACGCCGAGUUGAAGAUCAUCGACCCCGACUCCGGCGAGUCGCUCGGUCGAAACCGGCCUGGUGAGAUCUGUGUCAGGGGGCAACAGAUCAUGAAAGGUUACCUGAACAACCCGGAGGCCACCAAGAACACCAUUGACGCCGACGGGUGGCUGCACACCGGCGACAUCGGCUACGUCGACGACGACGACGAGAUCUUCAUUGUGGACAGGCUCAAGGAGAUCAUCAAGUACAGGGGCUUCCAGGUGGCCCCUGCAGAGCUGGAGGCUCUUCUCAUCACCCAUCCAAACAUUGCUGAUGCUGCUGUUGUUGGGAAACAAAUUGAGCCUGAAAUCGGAGAAAUCCCGGUCGCGUUCAUAGCGAAAACUGAAGGGAGUGAGCUGAGUGAAGAGGAUGUCAAGCAAUUUGUAGCUAAGGAGGUGAUCUACUACAAGAAGAUCCGGGAGGUCUUUUUCGUCGACAAAAUCCCCAAGGCGCCGUCAGGGAAGAUCCUGAGAAAGGAACUGAGAAAACAUCUGCAAAAUCUUCAACAACCAGCCUGAUUUAAAAUUUGCCUAAAAAAAGCCUGAUUUAAAAUCGGACUCGGACCUGGAAAAAAAUUAGCAUGAACAAGCAAGAUACAUAGUUCUAAUAUUGCAACUCACGCAUGCUAUUUUGAAUAGUUUUUGUCCGAUUUAUAUGUGGGGAAAAAAAUACUAAGGUACAAAUGGAUAAUAGUUCUGUGCAAUACAGGUGUUGUUAGGUUGGUUUGGUUUGCUCAUUGCAAAGGCACAGGAAUCUGGGGAAGCCAUGUACAAAAAUGUUCAGACCUGUCUAUUGUUCUUGCUGGUAUUUUUGUAAUGUUUUCUAUAAACAUUAUAUCAUUCAUUGUUAUUAAUAAUUCUAUCUAUAUACCAUGUAUUUUUUUUGGUCUGGUUCUAAU